AUGGGACAAGAAGAAAGCCACACCGAGGAGAUGGACCUGGCUCAGAUUCAGGACCUGUGCAUCGUUUUCAUGAAGGAGUGUCCGAGCGGCGCCCUGCACUUACACGAGUUAAAGAGGAUCUUCGGAGUUCCGAGCAGCUCUGCAGAGGAGUCCCUCUACAUCGAGACAAUAUUCCGCUCCUUUGACACGAAUAAUGAUAACGCACUCGAUUUCCUCGAGUAUGUGGCAGCACUUCACUUGAUCUUUCGGGGGAAUCUUGAAGACCGACUGAAGUGGUCCUUCAAGAUGUAUGACAAGGAUGGAAACGGCAAGUUGGACAGGACGGAGGUGAAACGGAUCAUCAGGAUUAUUUACAAGAUCAAGCUCCGGACGAGCGACGUCAGCAUGACUCCGUCUGAAAUCUGCGACCGGAUCUUUGAGCUGGUCGACCAGAAUAACGACGGUCAGAUAACCUUGUCUGAGUUCAUGGAGGGAGCUCAAAAGGACGAAUGGGUCAUGAACCUGCUCAAGCUGGAUGUCAACGCCACGAGCUGGGUCAUCCAGAACUGUGGGAAAUUACCGUGA